AUGGCAAGGCCGGAGUCGGAAUCAAGUUCAAAAUCAGAUUCGGAGUCAGAUGUAGACUCGGAAACCGUGUGGCAUGAUUCGGUCGAUAGUGACGAGAAGCUAUCACCAGAAAUCGAAGAGAAGCUUGUCAAGGAAGCUGACCAAUUCAAAGUUAUCGGUAAUGAGUUUUUUAAAGCCAGGGAUUACAAGUCAGCUCUGACUGAAUACAAUAAUGCAUUGAAAAACUGUCCAAAUUAUCUGUCUGAUAAGAUAGCAAUUUAUUAUGGUAAUAUCUCGGCGUGCCACUUUUUUCUUGGUGACUACAAAGAGGCGGUUGAAGCGUGUACGAAGGCUCUAGAUCUUGACCGCUGGCAUACAAAAGCACGUCUAAGAAGGGCCAGCGCAAAUGAGAAACUCAAUACAUGGUCUUCAUUAGAGUCUGCAAUUGAAGAUUUGGAAUUGCUUCUCAAAGACGAUGAGACUACCGACAAAAAAGUCAGUCUAGGAGAAGAUGGACGCAAAGAUAUUAAUAUCAGGCUGCAACGACUUAAACCUCAACUUGAACAGAAGAGAAAGGAGGAGGCUGAAGAACUAAUUUCUAAGUUCAAAACUAUGGGUAACGAUUUUUUGAAAAAUUUCGGUAUCAGUCUUGACAAUAUCAAUGUCAAACAGAAUAAUGAGGGUGGAUACACUGCUGACUUUAAGCAGUAG